AUGACGGUGCAGAGGGGAAAGAAGCUCAGCAUCUCCAUCCAGGAACACAUGGCCAUAGACGUCUGCCCCGGACCAAUCAGACCAAUCCGUCAGAUCUCCGCCUACUUCCCCCGACUCUCCCCCACCUCCCCCACCCCGCUGUCCCCCAACCCGGCCUUGUCCCCUCCAGCCCUCAGCCCGGGCUGUGGAGCCUCGGGGAUGGGAGGCCCCCAGCUGCUGUCCCCUCUGCUGGCUGGGGGUCGGCCGGGCGGCGGCGGGUCGCUGUCCUUCACCAGCAGCAUCGAUACGUCGGUGGAGAUCCACAGCUCCGACAGUGACGACUGCACUGCUUUGGGAACGCUGGAGUUUGAGCUGCGAUACGAUCAGAGUUCCAGUGAGCUGCACUGCACCGUGCUGAGAGCCAAGGGUCUGAAGCCGAUGGACUUCAACGGUCUGGCCGACCCGUACGUCAAACUGCACCUGCUGCCUGGAGCCUGCAAGGCCAAUAAGCUGAAAACGAAGACGAUCCGUAACUCCCUGAACCCGGUGUGGAACGAAACGCUCACCUACGUGGGCAUCACGGAGGAGGACAUGCACCGGAAGACGCUCAGGUUGACCGUUUGCGACGAGGACAAACUGACGCAUAACGAGUUAAUCGGAGAAUCCAGAGUUCCUCUGAAACGAGUGAAACCUGAUCAGACGAAGCAUUUCCACACCUGCCUGGAGCAUCCGCCUCCGCUUCCCUCUCCGACUGCGAUGGGUGAAGCCCUUCGAGGAAUCUCCUGCUACUUACGAGAGUGGGAGAACGAGCAGCUGCACAGUCUGGAGGAAAGAGGUCGUCUUCUUCUCUCGCUGCAGUUUCUGCCUCCUCUCAGCUCGGAGGACGAAGACGUUGAAGCAGGAAGUGAAGGCCGUCGCAGUGGCGGUCUUUGUGUCGGUGUGAAGCGCUGCGCCCACCUGGCAGCCAUGGACGUCAACGGGUUCUCCGACCCGUACGUCAAAAUAUACUUGAAGCCCGACAUACAGAAGAAAUCCAAGCACAAAACAACCGUGAUGAAAAAGACCCUGAACCCUGAAUUUAACGAGGAGUUUUUCUAUGAGAUCUCGCUAUCGGAGUUGGCCAAUAAGACGCUGGAGGUGACGGUGUGGGACUAUGACCUGGGACGCUCCAAUGACUUCAUCGGUGGCGUCUGUCUCAGCUGCCAGUCCCAGGGCGAUGCCCUCCGCCACUGGACGGACUGCCUGAAGAACAAGGGCCGCAGGGUGGAGCGGUGGCACAUCCUGACCAAUGAGCUGCCGCGAACCCUGAGCCAUGACUAA